AUGUUUGAUCUAAAUAUUCUCAUUAAUACAUCAAAAUUACCUUCCAAUGUAUUGACACCAUGUGAUGAUGAUUUUCUCAAUUUUGUUCGACAAGAAGCCGGUGAAGAUGUGGCUGAUUUCUCUGUUAUGAAUAUCAAAAGUAAAAGUUUAGAUGCUCUUAAAAAGAAAAUUGGUUAUUUGCAAGAUGAUGAUACAUAUGUUGUCAAGCCAGGUGUAAGAGGCAAUGUGGAUUAUCUUGUUGCUUUGCUUCAACGUAAAUGUAUUGAAGAUGCAAAAUUAGCAAAGUCUUCAACCCACGUUCAAUCAUCAUCUGCAGCAUUAUCUUUAAAUAGAACAACAGAAGAACAAUCAACAACAACAACAAUAUUUAUUGUUUUAUUGAAUAAUUGA